AUGUACACGAUGAACAGAGUCACCAUCUUUCUCUCCGCCAUCACCCUCCUUACCCCCUUCACAAGUGCGAACCCUCUUCCGCGCGCCAUCCCCAUUCCCCUGGUACCCGCUGACCCUCCCAAACCCGCCAACGGCGACGGCAUCGGUCCCUACGCCUCGCAAGAUCCAGGCAUGAGCGAUCGCCUUUCCAAAGCGAAAUUCUACACCGUCGCCGUCGCGGCGGGUGAGCUGGGCCUCACCAACGCCGAGCGUGGCAUGCGACACUACCUCGGAAACUCCGGCGACGAUCUGAACGUGACGCCAGAAUCCAUGAUGAGCGGCCUGCCCCAGUUGCGGACUGCGGUCAAGGCCCUCGCGCAGAACGAGGCCGUUGCCGCCUACAAGAAGAUAUCCGGUGCGAGCGGGGAGAGGGCGUUUUCGAGCUCCUGGAAUAACUUCUAUGCCUCGAAAGAUCAGAGCUGGGAUUGGUAUUUUGCCAUCGGUGGGUUCUCGUACAGUGUUACCGGGGUGGUGACGAAGAAAAGUGGCGGUGGUUCGCUGAAGUAUCGUGUGCAUAUUUUCGAUCGGUACAAUUGGGAUGCGGGCAAGUCUGUGGAUAUUGGACCCUUUCACUUCGAGGAUAGGGAGCUAGGAAAUCUGCAUCUGAAGGGGUUGGCGAGGGAGUACACGGUUCGUGGAUCGGGUGGCGUGAAUGAGGUGGAAAAGUUCACUCCGACGACCGUUAUUCCGCCGCCUAGUACUGGAGGACGGAGCUAA